UUUAUUCCAGUGUUAAACGAAUCGUGUUGGACUGCGGCCCGAUUACACGUGAGUAGAGAAAGGCGGACCUACAGCUUGGCGCGGGCUUUGGAUGUUAGUAAAGCCGUCACAGCUGGUGGAAUUGAAAGCGACCUGGUUUUAUACAUUUUUUAUUUUGAGAACCAGUCUGUACAACUAGUAGUCCAGUUACCCUAAAGCCCAUGUCGAUCAGCUCAUGGAUGAUGGUUGAUUAACGUGGAACGAGUGUUAAAAGCGAGCUAUAAGAUGGAAGACAUGGAGGUGGAAGUGCAGUUCAGACCAGUAGGGCCAGCUGACUCUGUUGGUCUGGAGGUCCCCAUCAUCAUCCCUGACUCUGGCAGCAGCUCAGAUGUGGAAGAGGAUGAAGAGGCAGACAGGAGACCUGAAGGAGGAAGCAUGGCUCCUACUAACAGGCCACGGCUCGCGACAACUCAGUUUGUCAGGAGAAGGAGGGCUAGAGCAGGUUUGCGGUUCCAGUACUCAACACAGACUACACAUUUGAACAGAGGCCCUUUAGACUUUCUGCUUCGGGUGUCGGCAGGAAGUGACACAGAGUCUCUCUCGGGUAGCACAGAAGAGGUGAGCGACUCUGAGGAGGAGAGACAGAACAGAGAGACCUCGGCUCCAGUACCUGCCAUAGAUGUUGCAGCUAUACUGAACACCAGCCAGCCUGCUUCUUUGGUCUCCCCUCCUCUUCAGCAGUCCAAUGCAACAGAGCCUACCGUUUCUGCUGAAGCUGACGGGGCCGAACCUCUAGUUCAGUCUGAUAACAGGGCUGAUUCAGCACCCACAGAGGCCUCUAAAGGAGCUUCUGUCUCAGCUGCUGUGACUGAGAAUGAAGGAGAGGGCGAGACCUGCUCGAUAUGUUUCGAACCUUGGACCACAUCCGGUGAACACCGUCUCGCCACGUUGAGAUGUGGCCACUUGUUCGGCUUCACCUGUAUUGACCGCUGGCUGAAGGGCCAAGGAGCCAAAUGCCCCCAGUGCAAUAAGAAGGCCAAGCGGGCUGAUAUAGUCUUGUUAUAUGCACACAAACUGAGGGCAGUGGAUAACACGGAACAGGAGAAUUUAAAGAGGUCUUUGGAGCAGGAGCAGAGUUUGCGGAGGAAGGCGGAGCUGGAAUCUGCUCAGUGUCGUCUCCGGUUGCAGGUUGUAACAGAGGAGUGUGGGAAACUCCGCCGAGAGGUUCAGGAGCUGAGGAGGUUAAUGGCACAGACGCCCUCCAGCUCGAAUCAGUCUCAGACCUCUGCUCUGUCUCAGAGACAUGAAUCUUCAAGCAGGGGAAAUUAUGUUUUCUCCAAGGCCGUCCUUGUUUCUCAGGCUGGUGGGUGUCGUGUGCUGUCUUACUGUGAGCCCCUCAGUUGCCUGUUGGCUUCUCAACCUUCUCCUCAUGCCUCUUUGGUCCCUGGCUUUGGGGUGAAAAAAAUCAGCACUGUGAAUCUCAAAGCCAGUCAUUACGUUCCCAUACACAUUAAACAGAUCAGAGGCCUUGCCUUCAACAGACAGCAAGAUGGCCUACUGCUUUCAGCUGCCUUCGAUAAUACUAUCAAGCUCACCAGCUUGUUUACCAACACUGUGGUACAGGCCUACAACGCUGGGAAACCUGUGUGGAGCUGCUGUUGGUGCCAUGACAACAACAACUACAUUUAUGCUGGGCUGAGCAACGGUUCAGUGCGGGUGUACGACACACGGGACACGAGCACUCACGUGCAGGAGCUCGCACCUCUUCGUUCCAGUUGUCCAGUUGUAUCCCUGUCCUACCUCCCCCGUGCUGCCUCCAGCUUGUUCCCCUGUGGUGGCCUCAUUGCUGGCUCCCUUGAGGGAGGAUGUUUUUGGGAGCAGGUGGAUGGAACCACGUAUCGACAGCACAUUCUGCCUUUAGAGUCUGGAGGCUGUACAGACAUUCAGGUGGAACCUGAGAGCAGACAUUGUCUGGUCACUUACAGACCAGGUCGUACCAACCCAUCUUUGCGUUGUGUUCUGAUGGAGCUUAAUCGAAGCCCUCAGCAGGACUCUGCCCAGGCUCCUGUCUGCUCCUGUUCUCCUGUCCAGAUCUUCACUGCUGGCUCGUCUUCCAAGUUGCUCACGAAGAACGCCGUGUUCAAGAGUCCUGCUACCGACUCCACUCUGGUUUGUGCAGGAGAUGAGGGCUCGAAUUCUACCAUGGUGUGGGAUGCUAGUAGUGGAGCCUUGCUUCAGAAACUUCCUGCAGACAUUCCAGUCAUGGACAUCUGCCCUUUUGAGACGAACCAGGAACAUUACUUGGCUUCUCUAACUGAGAAGAUGAUUAAGAUCUAUAAAUGGGAGCAGAGUGGUUCAGAAAGAGUGAGUUUCUGAUAGUAGCUCCUUUGGUUGUUGUUGGAUCCUGUGAAGAUGUGGUCUGUUUUACUCUUGACAUGAUGUUAUAUUGAAAUCAAGUGAAAUAUUUUUAAAGCAUAUUUUUUAUUGUGUUAAAGGGAUUAUAAAAGCAGGGCAUGUGACUGUUCAGUUUACAUACCUACAAAUUACGAUGCGCAUUGCAAUAUUUUCCAUAGAUUUCCCACUACAAUUUUGCAACGGUUAAAGAAAAAAACUAAAAUAAAAAGCAUAUGUAGACAUUUAUAUGGUUUGUUACACUUAAAGAAAUACAUUUAGUAUCUUUCAGCUGGUUUUUAAAUUCUCUUCAUUAUCCUAUUUUCUACAUACACUCGUCCAACUGGUCCAGUUUCGGCGUGAUACAUUAUUGUUUAAGAACGCAACAACGCGCCUUUGCAUUUUCCCUGUGUUUGUGUGGUGGAAAAUGUAUAUAUGUAAAUGCUUUUUUUUGUACUGUUCUGUGAUUGUACUUCUUAAUAAAUGUACAUGUAACACUU